AUGGUUAGAAUGCGCAGACUCAAAUCGACACCAGCGUGACAUGAGCGAUUACGAAGACGACCGGGAAGUCGUUGAUAUAGUUUAUGACGACGAUGGCACUGACAGACGAGCUCACCAUAACGCUUUAGAGAGAAAACGGAGAGACCACAUCAAAGACAGUUUCGUUAGCUUGCGGGACGCUAUCCCAGAAAUCGCAGGAGAGAAGGCGUCACGUGGUCAGGUUCUGAAUAAAGCGACUGCAUAUAUUGAGACACUGCGGAAGAAGACGCAAGAACACGAAAAGGAUAUCGAGGCAUUGAAGAAGCAGAAUGUUGUUUUGGAACAGCAAAGUGAGGGAAAUGUCAUAUUGAGAGACAGUUAGAUCGACAGGCUACAUUAUGAUACUUAAUGAGUCCAUUCGAACAAUAGGUGCAGUGUGGGAAUUGUGGGUGUGGACUUCGUCAGUUUGGGCUGUCUAGUGGAGAAAAUA